UGCACGGCACUACUCCGAGCCGCGAACCGCGAGUGCCGCCGCCAUGAAGAUCGUCGUGCUCGUCGUGCUGCUGCUGGCGGUGCUGGCGGUGCAGGCCGUGCUGCCGGAGUCGCAGCGCCACCGCCACCUGCGGCGCGACAAGAAGGCCGCGCUCGUCAAGAAGCUGCUGAAGAAGAGCAGGAUCAGCGAGGCGACGGUGCGCCUGGUGGGCGGCCGGGCGGCGAACGAAGGCAACGUGGAGAUCCACCACCUGGGCAAGUGGGGUGCCGUCUGCGACGACGAGUGGGACGCCCAGGACGCCGUCGUGGUGUGCCGCCAGCUGGGCUUCGACGGCGUGCGCCGAGUGACGCACAGCUCGGCCUACGGUCCUGCCCGGAGGCGCUUCUGGAUGGACAACGUGCUGUGCGAGGGCCACGAGGACGAGCUGGCCCACUGCAGGACCGCCGAGGGCUGGGGCAGCUCGGACUGCGACCACACCGAGUCGGCCGGCGUCGUCUGCCUCGACCCUGACCUGGACGGCCACGGGGACGGCCUCGGGGACGGCCGGCGGGGAGGAGGAGGCGGACAAGCAGCUCAAGAGGGAGCGGCGGCACCUCGACGGAAGCCCAAGACGCGCAUCAAGGACGCCGCGGGGGGCCGACUCCACGUCCGCCUGGCGGGGGGCCGCACCGAGGAGGAGGGCCGCGUCGAGGUCCGCGCCAAGGGCGGCGAAUGGUCCGCGGUGUGCGGCGACGGCUGGAGCCUGCUGGAGGCGGGCGUGGUGUGCCGCGACCUGGGCCUGGGCUACGCCAGCGCCGCCGUGCAGACGGACUUCUUCGGCGGCAACGCGUCCAGGAUCGGCCUGAGCGGCGUGUCCUGCCUGGGCAACGAGACGUCGCUGUCGCUGUGCCAGCACGACGCGCUGGCCGAGGGCAGCAAGGGCCUCGGCCACGAGGACUGCCCCGGCAAGCGGGACAACGUCGCCGGCGUCGUGUGCACGCGCAAAAUCGCCGACCUGAUGUUCGACUUCGAGGAGCUGACGCGCUCCGCGCACCUGGAGGACCGGCAGCUGUUCUUCCUGCAGUGCGCCAUGGAGGAGAACUGCCUGGCGUCCUCGGCGUACAGGCUGAAGCAGGAGGACCCGGCCAACUGGCACCUGGAGACGCGGCGCCUGCUGCGCUUCACCGCCAGGAUCAUCAACGUCGGCAACGAGGACUUCCGGCCCUUCAUCCCCAAGCACCUCUGGGAGUGGCACGCCUGCCACAUGCACUACCACAGCAUGGAGGUGUUCGCCACGUUCGACGUGAUGGACAGCCGCGGGGUGCGCGUGGCCGAGGGCCACAAGGCGUCCUUCUGCCUGGAGGACAACCAGUGCCUCGGCGGCGUGGAGCCCGUGUACGCGUGCGCCAACUUCGGCGACCAGGGCAUCACGGUCAACUGCUCGGACAUCUACCGCCACAACAUCGACUGCCAGUGGGUGGACAUCUCGGACCUGGAGCCCGGCAUGUACACGCUCAAGGUGUCGGUGAACCCCGAGUUCAAGGUGGGCGAGAUGACGUUCGACAACAACGCGGCCCGCUGCAGCCUGCUGUACACCGAGUCCUUCGCCACGGUCUACAACUGCCGCCACGAGCGCCCCUAGACGGAGUCUCACCGAAACAACUUAAAGUCAUGUUUAAUGUUUGAAAAAAAAAAAACAAUCAAAUUUUUAA